AUGUUGCGCGAUCGCGCCCAAGCUUUCAACACCUUGCACUGUCCGGCCGGCACGUUCGCUAAGACCGAGGACGAUGCGUGCACGGUGUGUCCGAUGGGAGAGUACCAGGACCAGAGCCGCCAGGGCAGGUGCAAGAAGUGUCCCGCCGGCACCUACACCCGUCAGGAGGGCAGCAAGAGCGUCCAGGAGUGCGUGCCGGUGUGCGGCUACGGCACCUACUCGCCGUCGGGCCUGGUGCCCUGCCUCGAAUGUCCGCGCAACAGCCACACCGGUCCGCCGCCGGCCGACGGCUUCAAGGAGUGCCGUGCCUGCCCGCCCGACACCUACACCCACGCCCAGGCGGCCAGCGACAUCGCCAUGUGCAGAGCCAAGUGUGCCCCCGGCACGUACUCGGCCACCGGCCUGGAGCCGUGCUUCGCCUGUCCGCGCAACUUCUUCCAGCCGAUCGAGGGCGCCAAUACGUGCUUCGAAUGCCCGACGGGCAACAUGACGGAGUCGGAGGGCGCAACGACACCAGAUCAGUGUGUGCCAGUCGCGUGCACUGAGGACACGUGCGAGCACGGAGGACUGUGUCAGAUGCUGGGUCACCGGCCCAAAUGUUACUGUCCGGCCGGCUUCAGCGGCGCUCGCUGCGAGCUUGACGUCGACGAGUGCCUCUCCACCCCGUGCCACAACGGAGCCGUCUGCGUCGACCAGCCCCAGGGCUAUCGGUGCCAGUGCGAGCGGGGCUACUCAGGCAUCAACUGCCAGAUCGAGGAGUCCGACUGCAAGGAGGAGACGUGCCCGGCGCGGGCCAUGUGCAUGGACACGCCCGGAGUCGGCAACUUUGAGUGCCUCUGUCGGGAGGGUUACACUGGCCCCAACUGCAACGUGACGGUCGAUCCCUGCAAGGAGAAGGGUAACCCUUGCGAUAACAGCGCCAGAUGCGUCGCCCUACAGCAGGGUCGGUUCCGCUGCGAGUGUCCGCCGGGCUGGGAGGGCGCGCUCUGUGACGUCAACUCGGACGACUGCGCCGAGCAGCCCUGCCUCCUGGGCGCCGAGUGCACCGACCUCGUCAAUGACUUCCAGUGCGACUGCCCCACAGGUGGGGUGCUUCGCCGGGAAAGCGGUGCGAGCGCAAGAUUGACCUGUUGCGCUGGCGGCCCGUGCGCGCACGGCCUGUGCGUGGACCGGUUCUUCGUGCACCAGUGCGUCUGCGACCCUGGCUGGACAGGCCCGUCCUGUGACGUCAACAUCGACGACUGCGUGACCCGGCCCUGCGCAGAGGGCAGCACGUGCGUCGAUGACGUUGAUGGCUUCAGCUGCUCCUGCGCCCCCGGCUACACGGGCAAGCGCUGCCAGCACACGAUAGACGACUGUGCCAGCCAGCCGUGCCAGAACGGCGGCACCUGCGACGACCAGCUCGACGGCUUCAAGUGCGUCUGCCGACCCGGCUUCGUCGGGCUGCAGUGCGAGGCAGAGAUUGACGAGUGCACCUCCAGUCCGUGCAGCCCGCAGGGAACCGAGCGCUGCGUCGACCGCGACAACACCUUCGAGUGCGAGUGUCGCAUGGGAUACUCCGGCAAACUGUGCCAGACGAACAAGAACGAGUGCUCGUCCAGCCCGUGUAUGAACGGCGCCGUGUGUACGGAUGGCCUGGACGACUUCACCUGCUCGUGUAAGCCCGGCUGGACGGGCAAGCGCUGCGAGAUGGACGUGGGCAGUUGCGAGAGCUUCCCCUGCCUGAACGAGGCCAAGUGUAUCGAUCUUUUCCAGGGCUUCUUCUGCGCCUGCCCGUCGGGAACGGACGGGGACCGGUGCGAAGUGACUCCCGAGCGUUGCGUCGGCUCGCCCUGUAUGAACGGCGGCUUCUGCAGGGACUACGGCUCGGGCCUGAACUGCAGCUGCCCGGCUGACUACCUCGGAGUCGGCUGUCAGCACGAGCUGGACGCCUGCGAGGCCGGGGUCUGUCAGAACGGUGCCACGUGUCUGGAUGAGGGCGCCGGCUACAAGUGUGUCUGCCCGGCCGGCUACACGGGCGUCAACUGCGAGACGGACAUUCCGGACUGCGCGCCGAGCAGCUGCCCGACGGGCGCCACCUGCGUCGACCUCGUCAACGACCACUACUGCCGCUGCCCCUUCAACCUGACCGGCGAGGACUGCAGGAAGAGCAUCACGGUGGACUACGACCUGUACUUCAACGACGACUCCAAGUCUUCCUCGGCUUCGCUGUACGCGCCGUUCGAGAUGCGCUCAGCGUCGAGCAUGUCGCUGGGGCUGUGGGUCCAGUUCAGCUCGCGGCUCGACAUCGGCACCUUCUUCACACUGUACAACGUCAGCUCUCUGCACGUGCCGUCCGACCGCAAGGUCCUGGUGCAGAUGCGCAGCGUCGGCGUGCUCGUCAACCUGUUCGAGGACGAAGACGCCGUCUUCCUGGAUUUCAACAAGCAGAUCCCGGUCAACGAUCGCCAGUGGCACCACGUGGUGCUCUCGUGGGAGACGUCUGGCAACGUCCAGCUGGUCACCGAUCUGGUGGUGAUCGGCAAGCGCACCGGCUACGGCGUCAACAAGACCCUGCCCGAGUUCGGCUAUGUGACACUGGGUGCUCCGCUGGCUGAAGACGGCACCCAGGUGGCCAAAGCCGGCUUCAAGGGCAAGCUGGCCCGCGUCAACAUGUGGUCCCGCAGGCUGGACAUCCGCACCGAGAUCCCCAAGCAGGUGGAGUCUUGUCGUAAGGCGCCCGUGCUGUACGACGGCCUGCUGCUGCGCUGGAGCGGCUACAACCAGCUUCUGGGCACGGUGGAGCGCGAGGGGCCGUCCACGUGCGGCGAGCUGGUAUGCGCGCCGGGCUACACCGGCGACUGCACCAGCCGCGCCCGCGACAAGACGCCGCCGCGGGUGGACUUCUGCCCGGGCGACCUCUGGGUACAGGCCGGCAACGGCUCAACGGCCGUCCGCUGGGACAAGCCGCGGUUCAGCGACGACGACAAGCUCAUGUCCGUCAAGGAAAUCAGAGACUAUGCACCUGGUCAGCUGUUCCCGUGGGGUUCGCACGACAUUGUUUACAUCGCCAGGGAUGACGCCGAGAACAGCGCGCUCUGCAGCUUCCGCAUCCACGUACUCAAGGAGAUCUGCCCCACCCCGGAGGACCCCAACGGCGGCUACCAGGAGUGCUCCACCUGGGGACCCAACGGACGCUUCCGCUACUGCAAGAUCCGCUGUGACCCGGGACUGCAGUUUAGUCAGCCCAUCCCUGACUUCUACGUGUGCGGCCCGGAGGGCUUCUGGCGCCCCAAUGACCAGCCCAACACGGCUCUCAUCUACCCGAGCUGCGCCCCCGCCGAACAGGCGCAGCGGGUGGUCAAAAUAAAAAUGAACUUCCCCUCGUCCGUCUUCUGUAACAACGCCGGCAAGAACGUGCUGGGACAAGCGCAUCCGCGAGGUGACGAGUGUGACGGCCUAAACGUCAACGUCAACUGCGGCCAGCGAUCGCGCGUCCGGCGACAGGCCAGCGACAACGACGGACUCUACGAGGUCGAGAUCAGCUUCCCGGCGCAGAACGGUCCGGUGACCAACCCGGAUACGAACCAAGCCACCGAUGUGCAGAAGCUCAUCGAGAGGAUCAUCCUGGAGAAGGGAGAGUUUGAUGUUCAGUCGCAGCUUCCGAACGUGGUGCCCGACCCGUCCUCGCUCGAGCUGGACUCUGAGUACUUCUGCGAGCAGGGCAAGGUGGUGGUCGGCGACCAGUGCGGUGAGUGA